ACUCAGUUCUUAUCGAGAACUGGGUUGCCACGUCACCCGAUGCCUCGUCACCGCAUAAACAGAAAAGAUGGCGGCGUCCGUACGGGAAAAGCAGGCAGCUGCCCUGAAGCGGAUGCUGAACUUCAAUGCCCCUCCUCUGAAAAACACAGCUACCGAGCCAGUAUGGAAGGUGUUGAUCUACGACAGGUUCGGCCAGGACAUAAUUUCCCCUCUACUGGCAGUGAAGGAGUUAAGAGACAUGGGAAUCACACUGCAUCUGCUGCUACAUUCAGACAGAGACCCCAUUCCAGAUGUGCCUGCCGUCUACUUUGUCAUGCCCACAGAGGAGAACAUUGACAGGAUAUGUCAAGACCUUCGCAACCAACUGUAUGAGUCUUACUACCUGAACUUCAUCUCAGCCAUCUCCAGGAGUAAGCUAGAGGACAUCGCCAGCGCAGCUCUGGCAGCUAACGCUGUCAACCAGGUCACCAAGGUGUUUGACCAGUAUCUUAAUUUCAUCACCCUUGAAGACGACAUGUUUAUCCUUGACAACCAGAACAAGGAGCUCAUCUCCUACCAUGCGAUCAACAAGCCAGACAUUAUGGACACUGAUAUGGAAGCCAUCAUGGAUACGAUAGUGGACAGCCUUUUCUGCUUCUUUGUCACUUUGGGUGCUGUUCCUAUCAUCCGCUGUCCCCGCGGCAACGCUGCAGAGAUGGUCGCUGUGAAACUGGACAAGAAACUACGUGAAAACCUGAGGGACGCAAGGAACAGUCUGUUUACCGGAGACAACAUGGCUGCAGGGCAGUUCAGCUUCCAGAGGCCCCUGUUUGUUCUUGCUGACCGUAAUCUGGACCUGGCCACCCCCCUGCAUCACACCUGGACCUACCAGGCCCUCAUCCAUGACGUUCUGGACUUCCACCUCAACAGGGUGAGUAUGGACGAGUGUGUGGACGCAGGGGCGUCGCCAGCAGGAGCCAGACCAAAGAAGAAGAACAAGAAGAGCUACGACCUCACAGCUGCAGACAGAUUCUGGCAGAAACACAAGGGCAGUCCGUUCCCUGAGGUGGCUGAGUCUGUCCAGGAGGAGCUAGACACAUACAGAGCUCAGGAAGACGAGGUCAAACGCCUCAAGAGCAUCAUGGGUUUAGAAGGAGAGGAUGAGGGAGCCAUCAGUAUGCUGUCAGACAACACAGCUAAACUCACCUCAGCUGUCAGCUCCCUGCCAGAGCUGCUGGAGAAAAAGAGACUCAUCGACCUCCACACUAACGUAGCUACUGCUGUCCUGGACCACAUCAAGAGCCGGAAGCUGGACGUGUACUUUGAGUACGAGGAGAAACUGAUGAGCAAAUCCACCUUGGAGAAGUCUCUCCUGGACAUCAUCAGCGACCCUGACGCGGGGACACCAGAGGACAAGAUGAGGCUGUUUCUGAUCUUCUACAUCACAGCCCCACAGCCUCCCUCGGAGGCUGACGUGGAGCAGUACAAGAAAGCCCUGUUGGACACAGGCUGUGACCUUUCACCCCUCAACUACAUCAGGCAGUGGAAGGCUUUUACCAAGAUGGCGGCCACGCCAGCGAACUACGGGAGCAGCGGGGUGAAGCCCAUGGGACUGUUCUCCAGGGUGAUGAAUAGUGGGUCCCAGUUUGUCAUGGAGGGGGUGAAGAAUCUGGUUAUCAAACAGCAUAACCUUCCGGUCACACGCAUCCUGGACAACCUGAUGGAGCUGAAAUCAAACCCUGAGACGGAUGACUACAGAUACUUUGACCCCAAGAUGCUGAGAGGCAGUGAAAGCUCCAUUCCCAGGAACAAGAACCCAUUUCAGGAGGCUAUAGUCUUUGUAGUCGGAGGAGGGAACUACAUAGAAUAUCAGAACCUGGUUGACUACAGCAAGUCGAAGCAAGGGAAAAGAGUGCUGUAUGGAUGCAGUGAACUCUUCAAUGCCGGACAGUUUAUCAAGCAGCUCUCCCUACUCGGACAAAAGUAAAAAAUCAAGAAUACAUAACAUUUCUGUUGGGAUUCCAUUUCUCCUGAUGAAUCAUAGACCACCUUUUAAACAUCCUCUAGCCCCUGAAUGACUCUGAUAUUCCAUUUGUUGUAUAAUGUCUAUGAUACGACUUACAAUGUUUGUCUAACUCUUUCUUUACACAUGAAUCAAUAAAGUUUAACAGUCUUAUUCAGUGCUGCACCAA